CCGAGAACAGUGACACGCGGGCGGAGCAGGAAGGAAACCGCUCCCAAGCGCGGUGGCCGCGUAGUUCCUAGCUGUGCAGCUGCCGCUCCCACCGUCCCUCAGUUGGUCUCUGUCCCCUGCCUGCAGCAUGAGUGGCCUGCGAGUCUACAGCACGUCGGUCACCGGCUCUCGUGAAAUCAAGUCCCAGCAGAGUGAAGUGACCCGCAUCCUAGACGGGAAGAGGAUCCAAUACCAGCUAGUGGACAUCUCCCAGGACAACGCCCUUCGAGAUGAGAUGCGCACCUUGGCCGGCAACCCCAAAGCCACCCCACCUCAGAUUGUCAACGGGGACCACUACUGUGGGGACUAUGAACUCUUCGUGGAGGCCGUGGAACAGAACACACUGCAAGAGUUCCUGAAGCUAGCCUGAGUCAGGACGGCCACAGACCCUACCCAGUCUUCACCAGGCCUCGGAACUAACUCCUUGUUGUUCCUAAUCUUCUGACCUUGGGGUCCCUCCCUGCAAACCCAGGCCCUUUCUGUAGCCUCUUCUUCCUUCAGAGGCAACAUUCCUUAUUCACCAACUGGUCUCGAAGACUGUCUUAAGCCCUGGGGAUGGCUUUCCCUAGCCAGACCUUGGGCCUGGCACUCCCUGUCCAGCGUUUCUGUUACUUCCAUCAGCCAGAGCUCUGCCAAAGGCCCCGCGUCCUCCCCUCGGGGCAUCCUAGAGACAAUUAAAUGCCCAUUCCACUGGU